AUGGGUGUUGAACUCGCAGGAAAUGGCCCUGGAGAGCGGCCCAUGAACCCGGAGAUUGCGGUUCCUCUGUUCGUUGUGGGAGGAUUCGUCGCCAUGAUAUUUAUAUAUCGGACUGUCAUUCGGGUGAGAGAUCGUCGACGAAAGAAUAAGGCCUUGCAGGGUGAUGACCAGACGCAACUCUCCAUGACAAAGGGGUCUAUUGCUAGUCUGAAGAAACAUCUGCUGUAUGCGCCACUCUGGGGCUCACGACAUAGUCGAGAAUUUCGAUUCUGUCGACUUCAUAUGGGAUCAAUUCCACUUCGAAUGGAGGUCAUUCUCUUGACAAUUUAUCUUUCUCUGAACAUUAUCUUUGUCUUUGUCACGGUGGAUUGGUGGGAAACUUACUCCAACAAAAUGUUCCAAUUGAAGUACGCUGCGGGUCACUUGGCCGUGAUGAAUACGCCUGGGUUGGUUCUCAGCGCUGGUCGGAAUAAUCCUUUGGUGAUGAUGUUGGGUCUUUCGUUCGAUACGUUCAACUUCAUGCAUCGAUGGGUGGGGAGGGUCAUCGCGGCGAAUGCUGUCAUUCACAUGAGUGCUGUUUUGGCGAACCAAGCCUACAUGCAUGGCACGGAUUACAUUCUAUACACAAUUUGGCAAAUGCCAUUCUAUAUCUAUGGCCUUGUGGCAAUCCUCGGCUUCGUCUUCAUUUUCAUACAAUCAUUGUCGCCGUUACGACACUCCUUCUACGAACUAUUCUUGCACCUCCACAUCGCAUUAGCUGUCAUGUCUUUCGUGGCUCUCUGGUACCACCUCAAGAACCUCCUCCAGCAGCGAGUAUUAUUUGGAACCCUCGUACUUUGGGGCCUAGACCGUGCGAGCCGAGUCCUCAUUCUGCUUUGGAGAAACUGUUCUAAGCGUCGCACCACCGCCACCGUUGAAGCUCUACCAGGCUCGGUCGCGAAGGUCGAGGUGGAAGUUGCUCGUGCCUGGAAAUUUCGACCCGGACAAUACAUGUAUCUCUACAUGCCUUGUCUGGGACUGUGGACAUCACAUCCAUUUACCGUUGCAUGGGCGUCGACUGGCGAGUCAAUCUUAAAUCACAACGAAAAGCGCAGCUCAAGUGAUUCUCUCGCCGCACUUCUUGGUGGGUCUGAGACUACCACCAUGUCUGUCCUUAUUAAGGGACAGGAUGGGUUUACGAAAAAGCUUCUUGAGAAGGCGGAGGAUUCCCCCGAGGGAAGAAUCCAGGCGAUGGCACUAGCAGAAGGGCCAUUCGGUGGUCUUCAUUCAUUGAAAUCAUACGGAACCCUUCUAUUGAUCGCUGGCGGUAUCGGAAUCACACAUCCCAUGUCCUACCUGCACGAGGUAGUCACAAACUUCACGUCCCGGACAUCCGCGACACGGAAAGUCCAUUUAGUCUGGAUGAUCCGAAGUCUAGACCAUUUAUCUUGGAUCCAAACAUGGAUGCUCGACGUUCUGAGCCACGACGCACUAAAUACAUCAAUCAACCAAAAGGGCGAAACCUACUUCCAGUUCCCGGGUCUAAUGCUCUCUAUUCGUAUCCAUGUCACAGGACACAAGGAAAAUGUCGAAGAUUACAUUCCUGCACCCGAGACGGCCUGGACAGACGCUGCUCCGGCUAAUGUGCCAGUAAGUGUGGAAUACGGCAAGCCGUGUUUCACGACGCUAUUGGAGAAUGAGAAAGCGGAGCAGGUUGGUGCGUUGGCGGUUAGCGUUUGUGGCCCUGGUGGUCUUGGCGAUAGUGUUCGUGAAGCCGUUCGUCAUGUACAAGGUGAGAAGACGGUUGAUCUCUUCGAGGAGUCUUUCUCUUGGUGA